AUGGACGUCGAAAUGGGUGAUGGCGCAUUCGACAUCGACAUCGAUGUCGGUGCAGGCGUUCAAACAAGCGCGCAGCCGCAGCAACAGCAACAACAGCCAGAACCGACCACACAAAGCGAAUCAGUACCGGCGGCAUAUUUCGAAGACCUCCAACCGCAGAAGCCAUGGCCCGAGUCGCUGAACCUGCAGGGCGUCGGCGACUUUGACCCAAACGACCCUCUCUACUACGCCAUGGAAGCCCUUGGCGCAGAGCCACGCGUCAAGCAGUUGCGCUGGGUCAACGACUCGUCAGUAAACCUCGAGUUUUAUAGCGCCGAAGAAGCUGCCGUUGCGCUGACCGCGCUUACGCACCCCGACACAAACCCAAGUUCACUUGCUGCGCAGACAGCUCGACCAGCAAAGCCGUACUCAAAAAAGCCAGACAGCAUGUUGGUGGUACGGGAGACAAAUGCUGGGGAUCAGAAGCCCAAGGGCGCGGCCAACCGCAGCAAUUACUACCAGCGCAACCCAGACGUCAGAGGAAAUAAUCAACGGGAGCCACGGCGCCAUCAGCCGCCGAAGAGAGACCUCCUGGAUUAUGGUGAUGAGGAUAUGGGCUCGAGGAAUCGGAGGAGGAGAAGCCGCAGUGGAGACGAGUCCAUGGGCUCAGAUUCCGGGGUUGAGAGGCGGAGGAAUAACUACCCUCGCAACGACCGGAAUGGCCGCGAUCGUCGUGACGGGCGGGACAGGAAACCAAGAGACUCUGGCAGGCUCAAUGCCGACGUCGACUCUUACCGUCCUGGUGGGGACAGAUCUAACGAACCGCGGCACGGCCGACUCCGAGGCCGCAGUGCCUCACCAGCGUCCAAUGACGAGGGCGAUGGUCGAUUCGGCUUCGCAGAAGACACCAGCAACGUACGCACCCGCUACCGCAGCCGAAGUCGCAGCCGCAACGAUCGCCGCCGCCGCGAACCCAGCGCUGACCGCUGGACCCAUGACCGCGCUAACUACGGAGAACGAGGCGCAAAGUCAGAAGCUGGUCGGUGGCAGAAAGAUGCAUUCUCCGUCGACUCAUCGCCAAUGGGCAACCAUCGUCGCUCAGAUGCUGGAUCAGGCGGCUCUCUACUCUCGCGCAUGACCAAGGACGGCAAGCCUGUCAACUCGUUGGCUAGCCGGAUCACGCGUGACGACGAUAACGAGCCGCGGCCGCGAUCGUUGGCGAGUCGUAUUACGCGCUCGGGUGAAGAUGACGGGUACGGGCGACUCAAGGGCGACGACAGCAUACCUCGAGACUAUGAGUUCGACGAGCCCAGGCCUCGCCGUGGGUUGGCAGAUCGCAUCUCAAGAGAGACCGAGGGGAUCAACAUUCGCGGCGCAGGCUCGAAUGGCGGAAGCGGAAUCAACAUCAGAGGUGUAGCGAACGGCGCCUAA